UGUUAUUCUCCUAAUUAGCUAGUAAGAUAGAAGAAAGCCUGUUGGUUCCGCUGUAUCGGGUGUUUGAGGUAGUGGUUAGUGGGGGGAACUGGGCGAAAAGCACCACUAUGCAUGGCGAGGAGGGUGAGGGAGGAAACUGGACAAGGAAGAAGAGAGGACUGAGCAAACAGGAGGAGCGGUGGAAAAGAUUGAGGCGUCGGCUGGCGAUGUUUUGCGGUGAGGCCGAAGAUAAUUCCACCGCUCACGGCGGAGAUGUACGGCGGCAAUAUAUUAUUCACCCUGAUAAUCGGUUGUACAAUAUUGGGUGGAAGCAUUUCAUACUGAUAUGGGCGGUGUACUCCUCCUUCUUCACCCCAAUGGAGUUCGGAUUCUUCAGAGGCCUCCCGGAGAAAAUAUUCCUGCUAGACAUCGCGGGCCAGUUGGCCUUCCUCAUCGACAUCGUGCUCCGCUUCUUCGUGGCCUACCGCGACACCCACUCCUACUGCGUGGUCUCCAGACCCUCCCGCAUCGCCAUCCGCUGCCUCAAGUCUCCGCAAUUCACCCUCGACCUCCUCGGCUGCCUCCCCUGGGACUACAUCUACAAGGCAGCCGGCAGGAAGGAGCCGCUCCGCUAUCUCCUCUGGAUCAGGCUGACCCGGGCCGCCCGCGUCACGGAGUUCUUCGAGACGCUGGAGAAGGACAUCCGGAUCAACUACCUCUUCACGAGAAUCGUGAAGCUUCUAGUGGUGGAGCUCUACUGCACCCACACAGCCGCCUGCAUCUUCUACUAUCUGGCCACCACCAUCCCUCCCUCCCGCGAGUCCUACACUUGGAUUGGCUCCCUCAAGAUGGGCGACUUUGCCUACUCGGACUUCCGCCACAUCGACCUCUGGAAGCGCUACAUCACCUCCCUCUAUUUUGCUAUUGUCACCAUGGCCACUGUUGGCUACGGCGAUAUUCAUGCCGUCAAUGUCAGAGAGAUGAUAUUCAUCAUGGUUUAUGUCUCCUUUGACAUGAUUCUUGGCGCUUACCUUCUUGGCAACAUGACCGCCUUGAUUGUCAAGGGAUCCAAAACCGAGAGGUUUAGGGACACCAUGACUGAAGUUAUCAAAUACAUGAAUAAAAACAAUCUUGACAAGCCCACAAGUAAGGCCAUCAAGGGCCAUUUGCGCUUGCAGUAUCAUCGCAGCUACACACAACCUGCUGUACUUCAGGACAUCCCACCCUUUAUUCGAUCCAAGAUUUCAAUUAAUUUGUAUGAGGAGUUCAUUGAGAACGUUCCUCUUUUCAAGGGUUGCUCCUCAGAGUUUGUUAAGCAGAUUACAACCAAAGUUCAUGAAGAGUUUUUCCUUCCUGGAGAACUGGUUUUGGAGCAAGGAGAUGUAGCAGAUCAAAUUUACUUCGUAUGUCAUGGAGAGCUGCGUGAGAUAAGCAGUGAAAAUGAUAGUGGUACAGACGAAGUGGUCCAAUUAAAAACCUACGAUUCCUUCGGUGAGGUUUCUUUCCUUUGCAAUAUGCCUCAUCAUUCCACAGUCAUAGCUCAUGAGCUUUCCAAGGUUUUGCGACUUGAUAAGCAAUCCUUGAAGGACAUAGUGAAGAUAUACUAUGUAGAUGGCCGUGUUACCUUAAACAAUCUCCUUGAGGGAAAAGACUCCGGUCUAAAACGCAAGUUGUUGGAAUCAGACUUGAGCUUGACUAUUGGAAACCAGGAAACAGAGUUGACUGUGAGGAUGAAUUGUGCUGCAUAUGAGGCUGACUUAUACCUUUUGAAACGUUUGAUCACCUCCGGGGCAGAUCCCAAUAACACUGAUUAUGAUGGUAGAUCACCCUUGCAUAUCUCUGCCUCAAAAGGAUAUGUAGAUAUUUCUUCCUUUCUAGUUGAGCAAGGAGUAAAUAUCAAUUUACCAGAUAAAUCUGGGGCUACUCCCUUGCUAGAAGCCAUCAAGAAUGGACAUGAAGACGUAGCUGCUUUACUAGUUAAUGCAGGGGCUACUCUCACUAUUGAUGAUGCCGGAAAUUUUCUCUGUGUGAUGGUUGCAAAGAAGGAAUUUGACCUCUUAAAAAAGGUUCUGGCUUGUGGAAUUAAUCCAAAUGCCAAAAAUUAUGACCAGCGCACACCUCUUCACAUUGCUGCUUCUGAAGGUUUGUGUGCAGUAGCUGAACUACUUCUGGGAGCAGGAGCAAGUGUAUUAUGCAAGGACAGAUGGGGGAAUACACCACUUGAUGAAGCUCGUAUCGGCGGAGAUAUAACUGCUCUCAAAAUGCUUCAAGUUGCCAAAUUUUCUCAGUUGGCUGAGUUUUCCUGUGGUAUUCAAGAAACUAAAGAAAUAUUGCCAUCAAGAAAUGAAAUUCCGAAGAAGAGAUGUAUAGUAUUUCCUUUCCACCCAUGGGAAUAUGAUCAUAAAGAAAAGAGAACUGAUGGAGUUGUUCUAUGGGUCCCGGAAAGCAUUGACGAGCUUAUAAUAACGGCAAUGAAACAUUUGAACAUUUCAAAUGGUACUUGUAUUUUAACAGAACAAGGAGGCAGAGUUCUAAAUGUAGACAUAAUUAGCAAUGAUGAGAAGCUAUUUCUGGCGAGCCAAGUGCAGAGUGCAGAGUGAGGUACAUAAAAGGAUCAGGCACAAAAUUAGGGAUCAGUUCGUUAUAUUUCUUGUCUUUUCACAUUGCAUUGCAAAUUUGCAAUGAUGCUUAGGUAUAUUUCAAGUUUCUCCUUCUUGUGCCUUCUCUGGACUCUGGAGCUAGUCGAGCUUCCUUCAACGACCUAAAUUAAAAAAUAAUAUAUAAU